AUGACCGCAGAUUGCCAGGUCUUUCACGAUACGAGGGUCACGAGAGGGAAGGUACGAGGACAAGGACACGAAGCUGCUGCAUGGCUUUUUCUGCUUGAAAAGUGGCUGGCACCAGUCGUCCUGAGCUUUCUGGAAGACCGGGUCGUGAAGGGCAAAACAAGCGCUGACCGGGACAUGCCAAAGCGUGCUGCAAAAGGAUAUCCAGGGCCGGAGAACGAUGCAUCUGUUUUGCCGCCUUUGGCAGUUGCAGAUCUACUUCCGCACUCUGUGACAUCGGCUACCACACGGAUUCUAGAGUUUGGACACGCUGCCAUGGCGCACAGGGUCAGCGUGAAAGAGGAAGAUGCCGAAGAUGACAGCAUGCUGUUGGAACGCAAUGAUGAGAGUGAGGCGUUGACGGUCCUGGGCGAAGCGACACCGGUCCCUCCUGGCGUUGUGCUGGACAAGCUCUCUGCGAUGCUGUCGACCGGUCGCGCUCGUCUGCGAUUUGCCUCGGGACGCAGCUGGGGGGUCAAUGGUGUUGUGUUCAACACCUGGACCUCUUUCAGAUGCGAUCCCGACGGUUCUUGUCGCUUGGUGGACAGCGCCGACUGGAGAACAGGAACUCGCGAAGACUGGGCGGCAUCGGAGUUACAGCAGCUUGCAGAUCUCCGGGAAAAGGCCCACGGCCUCCCGUGCACGGCCUCCUCACAGCCUUCGGUCUUGAGGCCUCGGCAAUGUCGUCGGACGGUGUUUCAGUUUCAUCGCGAGCGCUUCAAGAAGAAGCGCGCAGCGGCGAAGCCGAAAGCCGCGAAGCCGAAGGCCGGAGCGGCUGGAGCGGCUGGGCAGGCUGAGACCGAGAUGAGCAUCACCGCUUUCCUCGCUUUGGUGAAGGAGCGGCUGAGAGGGGCUGGGGAGAUGCCGAAGUACGUGAAGCUGCUGACUUCGCUGAAGAACGGUGCUCGAAAGGAUGAGAUUGCAGAGCUCCUGGCCGGGCAUCCGGAUCUGGUUCCAAAGAUCCCAACGCCCAAGGCCCAGGCCGCAAAGCCCCAGGAGAAGCCGAGGGGGACCAUGGCCCCCCGCGCCACACCGCCAGCCGCCGCCGCGCCCGCCGCGCCCGCUGCACCUGUGGCUGCCCGGGAGAACAAGGUCCACCAGUCACCCAGCAUCUCAAAGACGGAUGCCGGCACUGCGAGGCCGAGAGAAGCCGUGGAUGUGGAGUCCGUGGUUUUGGCACCGUUGCGUAGCCUGGCGCCCUUGGCGGGGCUGGUCCGCCUUGCGAUGCGUCGCGGCAGACCCAGCCAGCGACUGCGGCUGCUCCGAUAUCUGCAGAGCUCGGGCGGAGCCAGCGGAGAGCUCCGAGAGGUUUUUCUUCUCCAGCGGUCUUCGGAAACCGAUUUCGGGCAGGUUGUGGAGGCAAUGAAGGCCCGGCUGCACGAGGAUGGUGACAGCUUUGUUCAGCGCCUUGCGCACAUAUGUGCAGUCACGGACUAUUUCACCACCUUUGAGCUUGGUGAGCAAGAAACCCAUGAUCCAGCGGACACUCAACAAGCGGACAUCCUUCAGGCGCGAGCCUGGAACGAGGGUCGGCUGCAACUGGCUAUGGAGGCAGGCGUUCAGCCUCUGUUUGUCGACGAUCCUGGUGCACCGCUGCAGCAGAGUGGCUAUGCGAAGCGAGCGAAAGCUUUGGGCUACCACAUACGCUUCGAGAGCAUGCACUAA